GGCAAAUAAGCAAAAUUCAAAUUAGCUCCAAUAAAACCCUAGCUACCCCCAUUCACCUUCUUUCCCUCUCUAUCCUCUCUCUCUCUUCUUUCUCUCUCUACCUCUUCUUCCUCGUGAUGUAACUGAUUCUUGCUUUGAAUCUCAAUCUCCAAUCAAUAGUUUUCGAUGGGGAAGGUUUCACCGAAGGAGAAGAGUUGGAAGGGGAAGAAAGGGAGGAAGCAAUUGCGAAGCUCCAAGAAUAAGUAUCUCAAGCCUGGGACUCUCGCUCAGCUUCGGUGUAACAGAUCUUCAGGUUCGGGUGGCGGUAAGGCUUGCACCGAUCUCGGGAAGAAGAGAGUGGCGGUUGGUUUGAAUUCGAGGGAGACGGUGGAGAAGAGUCCUGUGAUGCUGUCGCCGGUGAAUUUGGUUAGGCAGAAUAGUUUGCUUGGGACUCCCAAAACGCCGAGAAUCGAAGAGCCUCAAUCGGAUUCCAGGCUUGAAUCGCUACCUAUGGAUGUCUUGGUUAAACUGCUAUGCCACCUGCACCAUGACCAGCUGAAGGCUGUCUUCCAUGUUUCACGAAGAAUUAGAAAAGCAGUUAUUGUGGCAAGGCAAUUUCACUUCAAUUAUACUACCCCAGAUCGCUCUCGGCAAGAGCUGUUAAGUACAAUGACUCCCAGGCCUAAUGAUCAUUGGCCUUUCCUGUGCAAGGGUGAUGGGAAGGGAGUGAGGGUUCCAAGCCCACACACUCCUAAGGCACCUAGACAUGGCCCUCGACCUCCUUCGCGCCUUAAGGUUUCAGAGAUGCGGCAGGUUGCAGCGGUUCUUUUCCAGGAGUCAGCUUUCCCUCCUCGUUGCUUGGUGCCGUCAGUCAUACCUAAGCCCCUAUGCAAGUCCUUGGCUUCUACCAGAGUUCUCUUCUAUGAAGAUGAACUAUGCCAAGCAGUUGCUCAGAAUAAACUUAAGUGAUCCUGUUUGGUUUUUUUUCUUCUACACUGCCUCGGUGUUUCUUUACUUUGUAUAGUUGUUUUUUUAUAUCGCUAGUGAAUGUUAGAAUAGUAAAGAUGCAAUUUUGUAGUCUCUUGGGGCAGUUUAGCUGGUGUGGAUAUUUCAGAUGUCUAAGUAGACGUGGAGGGUUGGCGAAGGUUGUGGUAAUAAUAUAAUUACAGUCAUUACUUGUAUAUGUUUGGUGUGUUUGAACUUUGAAACAAUUUCGAGUUGCUUCUAGAAAAAAAAUUGAAGGAUCUUCCUUCGAGGGUUUUCAUGGAA